AUGGAUCAAAACCAGUCCGUCAUGCACAAUCUCUCCGACUUCUCCACCGGCUGUGAUAACUACAUUGUACACCAGGUUUUUCUGGUUGGAACCGUCUAUUCUUGCGGUAUCAGCGGUGGUCUGGAUGGGAUCAAAACCAUCCCGUCAUGCACAAUAUCUCCCGACUUCUCCACCGGCUGUGAUAACUACAUUGUACACCAGGUUUUUCUGGUUGGAACCGUAUUCUUGCGGUAUCAGCGCUGGUCUGGAUGGAUCAAAACCAGUCCGUCAUGCACAAUAUCUCCCGACUUCUCCACCGGCUGUGAUAACUACAUUGUACACCAGGUUUUUCUGGUUGGAACCGUGUAUUCUUGCGGUAUCAGCGUGGUCUGGAUGGAUCAAAACCAGUCCCGUCAUGCACAAUAUCUCCCGACUUCUCCACCGGCUGUGAUAACUACAUUGUACACCAGGUUUUUCUGGUUGGAACCGUCUAUUCUUGCGGUAUCAGCGGUGGUCUGGAUGGAUCAAAACCAGUCCCGUCAUGCACAAUAUCUCCCGACUUCUCCACCGGCUGUGAUAACUACAUUGUACACCAGGUUUUUCUGGUUGGAACCGUGUAUUCUUGCGGUAUCAGCGCUGGUCUGGAUGGAUCAAAACCAGUCCCGUCAUGCACAAUAUCUCCCGACUUCUCCACCGGCUGUGAUAACUACAUUGUACACCAGGUUUUUCUGGUUGGAACCGUGUAUUCUUGCGGUAUCAGCGCUGGUCUGGAUGGAUCAAAACCAGUCCCGUCAUGCACAAUAUCUCCCGACUUCUCCACCGGCUGUGAUAACUACAUUGUACACCAGGUUUUUCUGGUUGGAACCGUGUAUUCUUGCGGUAUCAGCGCUGGUCUGGAUGGAUCAAAACCAGUCCCGUCAUGCACAAUAUCUCCCGACUUCUCCACCGGCUGUGAUAACACAUUGUUACACCAGGUGA